AUGCUGGCGCCCGUCACUCCCUUUUUUAUUACCUAAUACCCCGCCAACGGAGUCAGAAAUGCCCACAUCUGAGCUCACUUUCCUCAAGGAGAAACACAUCAAGUACUUUGUCCACGUCUUGUCGUUAUGCCCCCACCAGUUCCAAUCGGAGGAUUCCAACAAACUCGCGAUGGUCUAUUUUGCGCUCACUGGCCUAACACUUGCCAAUCCAUCCGAUAACCCCCUCGAGCCUUUCAUCAAGACCGAGAACGAGAGAUUGGGCUAUGUUGAGUUCAUCUACAAACACUUGGUGCCAUCGGGAGAGGGCUUCCGAGGGAGCAUGACGAUGGAACUACCUGCUUCUGAGGGAUCCACCUACGACCCACCAAACUUACCAGCUACAUACUUUGCCCUCUGCUGCUUGCUUAUAUUGAAAGAAGACUACACCAAGCGAUUAGACCGCCACAAGAUUAUGAACUACGUUAGGCGAUGCCAAGUGGAUGAGGGAUACUUCAGACCCACGUUGGACAUGCACGGUUCUCCAUUUGGCGAUUCUGAUAUGAGGCACUGCCAAAUUAUUUCGUCUAUCCGAAUGAUGUUGGGCUACACGGGAGGAGAGAACGAUAUCGACUGCGAUGCGUUGGAGGCGUACAUUCUAUCCACCGUGUCGUAUGAUGGUGGAAUUGGAAACGGAGCUGGGGAGUAUUUCACUGAAUCGCAUGCUGGCUUGGCCUUUUGUGGACUAUUCACGCUUAAGGCACUCGGUCGUCUCACCGGGGAAGAUCCUCGCUGGAACAAGACCAAGAGAUGGCUCCAUAUGAGACAAAUGGACUACGAUUCUUCCCAGAUUCACCGUCAAGUGGAACUCGAUGAGAAUGAAUAUGCGUAUGAGGAAGAUCAUGGAGGGUUUAACGGCCGUGAGAACAAGUAUACGGAUACCUGCUACGCGUUCUGGGUGCUAGGGUGUCUCAGACUACUCUCGAACACAGGUGACUUGUUGAUUGAUGAGCGGGCGUUGGCUGUGUAUCUUCUCGGUCAGACUCAGCACCAGUUUUUGGGCGGAUUCGGUAAAACCAACGAGGAUAUGCCGGACCCCCUACACAGCACUCUCGGGUUAGCUGCCUUGAGCCAUAUCCAGCACAGCGCGGCAUUGGAUGGCUUAUGCGUUGAGAAGUUGCACUUGGGAGAAUUGGACGAUACAUUGGUGGUUGACAAGCAGAGCAAGGUAUUUUUGGAUGGCUUGAAAUGGUAAUCGAGGUACGACGCAGAUAUUAAAUUUCAGUCCAGGACUGUGGGUAGUGCACUGGGUUUGACUGGUAGUUGUAGAUGUAGUUCGCGUAUACUUGGAAUAUUAAGUCAGAAAUACUCCCUCGCUACUAAUCCUUUUUUAGAAAGGUCCGAUUUAUACGCCCAGCGUGUACCAUGUAAAAAUACUUCAACCUCCUUGUCUUUCCGGUUAAGCGCCACGGAUGUGCGCACUUCUAGUAAAAUAGCCGAUGGAUUAGCAAUAUCAUUAUAUACACCAGGAUAUUUAAUUCGUCCUACCCGUGAUUAGCAAUAUAAUUCGAAG